GCCGGUUUCCGGUCCUUUCCUCCGGGCUUUGCUCGCGCGUAGCCGGGUUGCUGCUGUUGCGGACAGAAGCAGUCGGGGCGGCGGAGGGCGGGAGGCGGAGCCAUGCCCCGGUAUUACGAGGACAAGCCGGAGGGCGGCGCGUGCGCGGGCGUGAAGGAGGACCUGGGCGCAUGUCUGCUGCAGUCGGACUGUGUGCUCCAGGAAGGAAAAUCCCCUCGGCAGUGUCUGAAGGAAGGAAACUGCAAAGCUUUGAAAUAUUCAUUUUUUGAAUGUAAAAGAUCAAUGUUGGAUGCCAGAUCAAGAUUCAGAGGAAGAAAAGGAUAUUGACACUAUUAUGUUGAAACUGAGAUGAAAACAACAAGGGAUUUUUUUCUGGCCAUUAAAACAGAGAAGCCAAAAUAGGAAAGUUUUUCUUCUGUUUGGUCAGGUCAGUUUUUCCCUCCGUGGACACUGGAGAAAUGGUUCUUGUUUUGAGUAUGUAUAAAUGAUCCUCUUGCUCUAAGUGAUUUUUAGAAGAAAAUUUUGAUGAGUUAGGAGCUGGGAGUAUGAGAAUUGUUCUAAAGCAAAGAAUGGAAAAGUUAUGUUCAAACUUGACUCCUCAGAUCAAAUAACAGAAUUAGUACAUGCUUUGUGAAUGUUAUGAAGGCCACCGAUGGGACUGUAAAAAUGAAUAACAUAACAUGGAGCCUGGGGAGAAGAUGUCUCUCGGAAAAGUUUAGGAUACAACUUUGUUAGUCAUUCUGUCCUGUUUAGUUCUAAAAUAAAUUGUGUUUGAUUCCUGGGAGAA